AUGGCCCAUCUCGAAACAUUGGUGGCCAACUUUCAAGAGACUGACUCGGAUGCUCGCUUCUCAUCUCUGAACGAACAACUAUCCAAGGUGAUCGGCGAGCGAGACGGACUCAGAAAUCUUUUGGAGUCUUUUGACUUUACCAUCCGAAGUCAUCUUGACGAGGCCUCUGGGAAAAAGCCCUUGCCGUCCUCUGCGAUUCGCAAAGAUGGCGGAGCGCAGUCUUUGCAAAGCCGGCUAGAUGUGCCAGACUUGCAAGAAAUCCCUGGGAAUGAGGCUUUCGACACCGCUGCAUCAAUGAACAGCAGCGACGAUGUUCAGGCCUGGCAUGAUCCAGAGUAUCUAGAUCUAGAUUCUUCUCUAUUCCAACUACCUCCUCUAUUCCCGGACUUUCUCAGCACCAUCGUCCCCCAGACUGGUCUACCAAAAUGCGAGUGUAUGCUCGGGGCAGCCGACGAUACGGGCACGACGGUCAGCAUUUGGCGCCAGCUCAACCAUCUCCACCAGUCACUGGCCAACAUAGACCUAGCAGCGGAAGACCGAGAGAGCGAAGAUUCCAUCAUUCGCGCCGUGCUGUACGGGUGGAAUAGCGUCACUGCAGCGGGACGAGAGCUAAACACCUGCCGUAUGCUUCGUAGCAUAGACGAGCUUUCAGGGUUGGAAUCUACCCCCACCGAUCGACUGGCCAUAUUGAGCUUGAUACGCCUUAUGCUAGUGAGCCAAAGGAGUCCAAGAAAAGCCGCGCUACCGCGUUGGCUCCAGGCCAGGCCAUCUCAGAACCUCCCCCAUUCAAUCGCCAUCGAUUUUGUCUUCUGGUGCGAGACCCUUGCCAACCCAGCCCAGCCCAGCCCAGCUCUGUCUUCGUCCAUAGCUAAUGCACAGCCCAGGCCUGGUAUACGAGAGCGGUUGGUCUUCUCGGAGCAUGAGUACUGCGCAGACUCCUUUUGGCGCAGUGCCUUUUCAGAUACGAAGCUCUUGUGGCCGAUGGAGCUGUCUGAUGCCUAUGUCCAGAACUCGGUGACCGGCGACCUGCACCUUUCGCCUUACUUUCGCAUGUUCAUACGGGACUUGGGUAACUGGACGGUGUCGCCGGGGUUUUUAAAACAAUACCCAGAGCUCUAUAACGACAUUAAAGGGUAUUAG